AUGGCUGAACCACCCCGUCUCACCCACGAAGAAGUAUCUCCCCCCUUCCCCUCCCCCGCACAUGCAACUAACAAAGCCCCAGUUCUUCAAAUCCCUAACAACGCUCCUAACAACCGCAACUGCAAAGGAAAAGUCCACCGUAUACCUCACCCAGAAACCCCUCCUCUACCCUUCGGCCUCGACCGCGCCAACCGCAGAAAACCCCCCGCUGUUAAUCCGCGCGACGAACGGCGAUAGUAAGGAUCAACGGAAGAAGGGUGAUAAGCGAGAUGGGAGGACGAAGAUCUCGACGGUCGUGAUGCCGGAUGAGCUUCAGGGUUUCUUUGAAAAGUAUGCAGAGGUGGCGAAGGGUGGGAUGGGAAGUCUGAAAAAGAGGGAUAGGAAGGCGAGGAAAAAGGCUAAAAAGAAGGGGAAGGAGGGGGGGGAGGUGGGAAGGAGGGGUUUGAUCGAUUUGAUGGGAACCUUGUCCGGGGGUGGAAUUAUCACGUUACAUAUUUUGUUCUUUCAUUUUUUUUUUUUGAAAAAAAGAGCUAAAUAAAUGGCGUUUGGUGACCGUUUGCGUGGUCAAUGGUACUGCUGGGGUCUGAUUUGGAUUAUAGGCGGGGGGUUGGAUAUCGCGCGGCGUCUUGAGCGAUGCAGUUUUCGCCUUGAAUUACUGUUGCGUGGAGUAG